GUUGUUGCGUCACCUAAACAAUUUUUGUUUGCCCACCUUGACCGUUUCGCUUUUGCACUUGGCCUUUUUCUCCGACACAAUUUUUGGAAUAUCACUUUCCUCCUUCGUUUCUAUCACUUUUGCUGUAACUGUGCGGUAAACCAUCGCCAGCGAUGGGCAACAGCCACGGCAAAGAAAACAGUACAAAGCAUGGGUCAAAGAGAAGCACAAGUCGUUCCACUAAAUCCAUCGGUUCCGUUUCUCAAUCCAAUACGUUGCUGUCUUCUCAAUCAUUGUCGCAUACCGAACAAGAUACAAAGGCGAAGCGAGAAAAUAGCAAACCACGAAGGCUGUCAACACUAUUUGAUAACCCUUCUACUACAGAAGGAGAUCAGCGCCGAAAGACAAAACGGAUCCUUUCACCUUUACUACCAAAAAAGUCAAAAGAGAUACAAGAAGAAGGCGAUUCGGUUGUGUCCACCAUUGAUUCCCCAUCCAUGCAUGAAACACCUAUCAACCACGAGAAUAAAUCUUUUUUCACAUCAAGCGAAAUACAAGAUGAUGUAAUUCUGCGUGCUAUUCAAGCAGCAGCAGAAGCUACAGGGAGCGUGGGAGACGACGAUCCUUGGCUUGCACCAUCGGUUUUACCAGUCAACAGACCAAGGCAGAGCCAGCUUGUCGUCAAUUAUGGCAGCACAUCAGCGUCAGACGAUAGCGUUGCAAAGCAAAUGUAUUACCUGUCAGAAAAUGCUGGAGAGCGUAGAAAGGAAGUUGAUCGGCAUACGCGCCAGCAUUAUUUACUCAAACAGAUAUUUGGAAGUAUUCAUAAGUCUCCACUUGAGUCUCCUAAAAAGAUAAUUGAUUUAGGUUGUGGAACUGGCGUCUGGUGCGUGGAGAUGGCCCUAAAAUAUCCUACAGCCCACAUCGUCGGAUGGGCAUUAGAUCCUCCUACUGUCUCUGUGCCUGAAUCACUAAAGAACUUAAGCUUUGCUAAGGUUGACUUAUUCCAGCCUGAUGCGGGUAUUCACUUGCUUGAUUCGGAUACCGUGGAUUUCAUAUAUAUUCGAGAUUUGGCUUUCAUCAUGGCAACUAAUGAAAGAUGGUUAUCCGUCAUUAAAGAAGCCUAUCGUGUCCUACGCCCUGGUGGUUGGAUUGAAAUUAUUGAACCAGAUUACCGAGCAAUCAAACGCAGCUCUAAUUUCAAAAAGCUCGUUGAUGUUCUUGAGAUAGCAUUGGUAAAAGCAGAUAUAGAUCCUGAGUACGCUCAGCACUUCAAAUCUCACCUGGAGGAGAGUAACUUUGUCACCUGCGAAGAGGAUAUAUACAAGGUACCUAUUGGAGAAUGGCCAUUGGAUGCAAACGAAAGGGAAAAUGGCUACUUAUUCAGAGACCUGGCCAUCCGUCGGUUCCAGGCUAUGAAGCGAUGGUUUGUUAACCUGGGCGGUUUAUCGGAAGAGACAUUUGACAGUCUGUGGCAAAUGGCUUUGGAGGAGAAUGAAGAGGAGACGGUUGUACUGUGGAGGAUUAAUCGUGGUAUGAAACCCUACAACCAUGAAGCAGGUUCUUCGUGAAUGGAUGUUAAAAAGUAAAUAGGACAUGUCAACAUAGCCCCACUACUACUCCUAAUUUUAUCACUCACUAUUGUAUCACUCACUAUUGUAUUUUCCGUAAAACUUUGCGUUGUCUGUCGCAUGAGCUAUUUUGCUUUGUC